CCAUUACUGUUAAAAAUGCGUCUGGUUGGAUUACGGAUGACCCCGUUGGGUUUCCGUAGUGGUCCGCUCUAUUAUUUCUUCCGAAAGAAACACUUCACUCCGAGGAGUGUGGAACGUAGCAGCGCGAGAACUGUAGCCUGUCACAAAAAGGAAACAACAGAACAAAUCUCAGUUUUUGUUGUUUUUGCCUCAGGUCUCGUGGCCGCAGAGCUACCUCGCCUCUCCAUGCUGCUGUGCCGGGUUUCUGCAGUAAGCCAUGCGCUGGCGAGAUGGGGACGGAGGUCACAGCGGGGAGGUGGCCUCCUCCACCCAGCUCUCUCCUUCAGCUCCAGCCGCUGUCGUGGUGCCUGCUCAGGAGAAGGCAGCGCUCAGCCCGCGGAGACCGUUUCAGCCCAGGGCCUGUACCGAGACACAGUGCUCCUUCCCCGGACCGAGUUCCCAAUGAAACUCACUGGACAGAAGCUGCUGGAACGAGAGCUCAAGAUACAGCAGGAUUGCGGAUUUGCACAUUUGUACUCCUGGCAGAGAGAGAGGAAGGCCAAGAAGGAGUUCUGCCUUCACGAUGGACCCCCGUAUGCCAAUGGAGACCCUCAUGUUGGACACGCACUCAACAAGAUCCUUAAGGACAUCCGUAACCGUUUCGAGAUGCUGAGGGGCCGACAGGUCCAUUACAUCCCGGGCUGGGACUGUCAUGGCCUGCCCAUCGAGCUGAAGGCUCUGGGGGAGCUGGGGACCAGUGGCCUCAGUCCACUACAGAUCAGACGGAAAGCGCGGGAGUUUGCAGAGGGGGCCAUAGCUCGUCAGAAGGCUGCCUUCCAGCGCUGGGGGGUGAUGGCUGACUGGGACCAAUGCUACUACACUUAUGAUGGGGCCUAUGAGGCUGCUCAGCUGAAAGUCUUUCAGGAAAUGCACAGCAAGGGGCUCAUAUACCAGGACUACAAGCCGGUCUUCUGGUCUCCUUCAUCAAAAACGGCCCUAGCAGAGGCAGAGUUGGAGUACAACCCUGAACAUGUGAGCAGAGCCAUUUAUGCCACAUUUCCCCUGAUCAGUCUGCCACCUGAGAUGGAGUCAGAGGGUCUGGAAAGCAUCUCUGUGUUGGUGUGGACCACGCAGCCCUGGACCAUUCCUGCAAACCAGGCCGUAUGCUACAUGCCUAAUGCCCAGUACUCGGUGGUGAAGAGGGCAGACAAUUCUCAGCUGCUCCUGUUGGCCACUGAACGAACAGCCAGCGUGGCAGCACUGCUGGGCACAGAGCUGGAGAGUGUUGGCACCUUCAAAGGCCCCCAACUUGAAGGUGGGAUCUGCAAACACCCCACAAUUCCUGGCAAGGAAGUGCCACUGUUGCCGGCCAAUCACGUGACCAUGGCAAAAGGAACCGGAUUGGUCCACACUGCACCAGCUCACGGCAUGGAUGACUACAGUGUGGCAUCCCAGUUUAAACUGUCUGUGGAGUGUAUGGUGGACGAGGAUGGCAAGUUCACUGAGGCAGCAGGUCCUGAGCUACAGAAUCUGUCCGUGAUGAGCGAAGGCACUGACAAAGUGAUUUCCCUGCUGAAGGAGUGUGGGGCUCUGAUCAAAGAGGAGCAGUGUGUCCACAGCUACCCGUACGACUGGAGGACAAAGCAGCCUGUCGUCAUCAGGCCCAGUAUGCAAUGGUUCAUUAACACGGCAUCACUCCAAGACAAAGCCAAGGAGGCGCUGCAGAAGGUGCGUGUUUUGCCAGAUUCAGCGAAGGGCAGCCUGCUGACCAUGCUGGACAGACGGACGUAUUGGUGCAUCUCCAGACAGCGGAGCUGGGGCGUCCCGAUCCCCGUCUUCUACCACAGAGACACUGGAAAGGCUCUCAUCAACAAACACACAGUAUCUCACAUAGCAAAGCUCUUCAAAGAAAAGGGCAGCGACUGUUGGUGGGAGCUUCCCAUUGAGACAUUGCUGCCACCAGAGGUCCUCAAGAAGAGUAAAGCAGGUCCAGUGACUGACUACGAUCGGGGAGAGGACGUGCUGGACAUCUGGUUUGACAGCGGAGCAUCGUGGGCCGCUGUACUUGAAGAGGAGACGGAGGGAGAUGCUGUUGAGCCUGAGUCCCGUCUCAGCUGGCUCCCCGCUCCGCUACGCAAACCUCUGGUCGCAGAGUCCGACUCCAGGGCCGAUGCAUACGUGGAGGGAAAGGACCAGAUUGGAGGCUGGUUCCAGUCGUCACUGCUCACCAGUGUAGCCGUAAGGAACAAGGCCCCUUACAAUUCUGUGGUGGUCCAUGGCUUUGUCGUCAGCGAGAAGGGAGAGAAGAUGUCCAAGUCUCUGGGCAACGUUGUGGAUCCUGAUGUGGUCAUUAAUGGAGGCAAGGACCUGCCAGCCUACGGGGCAGAUGUGCUGCGUUGGUGGGUGGCAGAGUCCAACAUUUUCUCUGAGGUCCAGAUUGGGCCCAAUGCUCUUAACUCAGCCAAAGAGAGCGUCAGCAAGUUAAGGAACACUCUGAAGUUCCUGCUCGGCAACGUGCACGGCUUCGACCCGCUGACUCAGGCUGUGGACUCCAAAGAGAUGCACUACAUCGAUCAGUACAUGCUGCACCUGCUCCGUGAAUACAGCAUGAAGGUUACAGACGCCUACAGUGCGUUUGAUGCUGGCAGGGUCAUCCGGGUCCUCCAGGCCUUCAUCAGCAGAGAUCUCUCCAGUUUUUACUUCAGCAUCAUCAAGGACAGGUUGUACUGCGACCCAGAGGACUCGCUGGGCAGAAGAUCGUGUCAGACUGUUUUAGAGGAAGUUCUGGACGGAGUUACCAGAUCCAUAGCUCCCAUCCUGCCACACCUAGCUGAGGAGGUCUACCUCCACGCACCUGGACAUGACGAAGGGGAGACGUUAUUCAGGAGCGGCUGGAUUAAAAGCAGUUCUGUGUGGCGGCGACCGGGAUUGGAGGAGGCGGUGGAGGGAGCGUGUGCCAUCAGAGACUCCUUCCUGUCGUCCAUUCCAGGAAAAAAUGCUGCCCGGUACGACCUGACUAUCGCCAUAGAGCCUGGUCUGCUGUUCGAACUCAUGGAGUCUCUCCAAGAGGAGCCCACCUCCACCACCUCCCAGCUGGCCGAGCUGAUGAUGUCAGCGCGGGUCAACCUGACCAGUGAGCUGCCCCGGGACCUUCCCCCAGACACCACCCUGAACCACGGCACCUUCCUCAUCAACCUCGAGGGUGGUGUUAUCCGCGAGGACAGUGCCUACAGCAUCGCCGUGGUGCCCACCUCUGCUGCCCGGUGCCCACGGUGCAGACGCUACUCCGCCGAGUCGGCAGACUGCCUUUGCCCACGCUGCAACUCUGUUGUCUCACAGGCUCACUGACCUGCCAGACGCUGUCACCGCGACGACCUGUGGUCAUCACCGAGACUGUUCUGGUUGGCUCGCGUUUGGUUGAAAGUACUGAGGAGCUUCCGCUCGUUCCCCGUUAAUAUCAGCCGACAGUAAUGAACACUGACACCGAAUCAGCUGUUACCUCGGUGAGAUUAAAACUUGGCACAGGGUUGACAUGGGUAUAGAACCAAGAUGUCCCAGUCUGUCCUGGUCACUCGGCCGUGGCAUGAAUAUGUCGGCAGCACAUUUGAUCUUCUACCAGCAGGCACUCUGAAAGAUUGUUCACUGUAUCUGUAUAUGUCAUUGGGAACUGAACACACUGACUUGAUGGUCAGUGGAGGAGUGAUGCGUUUCAGAGCACUUGCUGUUUUUUUGGUUUUGUUUCUUUUCAAUGUGUAAAUGUAUAGAAAAGUAAAUUAACUUAGUCACUACGUGACAGCAGCAUAUAAUCUAUAAUCCCCAAAAAGAUGAUAUGGGUGAGUUUUCGUGAAAGGGCCUAUCUUUGUAUGAUAAAUAAAGUUUUAUCUGGAA